AUGUCAGGUCCUCCAGUCCCUCCCAGCGAUGGGAGCCCUUACUUCCCCAUCUCCGAGCGAGCGGCGAGUCUUGCCAGAAUGCACCUAGGGAUAACAUCUCCUCUGCUUGCUAUCGCCCUGGUUAUGUUUGGAGCGAGGAUGUGGUUGAGAGUAAGGCCAGUGUGGAGAGUUAGUUGGGAGGAUUAUUGCAUGACGAUCGGAGUUGCUGCUGCCGUCGUCGAUUUUGGGUUCCUCGUUCCACAGAUGUACACAUCAGCAAUACUCAUCACCGAAGACCAACGAAUAUGGGCACGAAAAUACGGGUUUCUCGCUAUUCCCAUCUGGGGCAUUGCCAUGAUGUUCAUCAAAGUCAGCAUUGCAAUGAUGAUGCACCGGAUCCAACCUAACGUCUUCUGGUGGCGAGUCUUCUGCUUCUUCAUUAUGGCUAUCUUAGCAGCUUACGGUAUCGCAAAUACCUUCUUCAUCCUGCUCCAGUGCCAACCUCUCGAAGCGUCUUGGGAUACGUCUGUGUUACAAACAGUGGAGGGAGCUAGCUGUCUUCCUAUAUCAGGCAUACACAUCAUGUCCAACUUGGGAUCUGGCAUCAAUAUUGCGACAGAUAUCAUGCUUUCUUUGGCGCCCACACUGUUUCUCUACAAGUUGAAGAGACCCUUGAAGGAGAAGAUUCUCGUGGGUGCGCUGAUGGGUCUCGGCAUGUUUGCAAGCGUUGCCUCCAUCGUCAAAGCAACCCUAGUGAAGGAGUUCGGAAUAGCGAAAGACGGCUGGGCUCUCACCAACGCCAUCGCAACAUGGACCGCCCUCGAGCAGAUCCUCAUCAUGAUCGCCUCCUCGGCGCCCUUCCUGAAGCCCCUAGUCCAGACUGCCCUGCACCGGAUGGGCUGGACUCUAUCGGGCACGUCUGCCGCUCGCUCAGGCUACGGAAAUGCCUACCGUGAGCAGCGACAGUCGCGGAUUGGAGGAACCAACAAACCGGUUACCUCACGUAGAGACAUCUACGGCGGAGACGAGGAUCCUUUUGCAGGGGGCGAUAGCGUUGAUGCGAUCCCGUUGGAGGUCAAGGUUUUCGAUGUGGGUAAAACGGGGGAUGAAAGAACGACGCAGGGGUCCUUGACUGAGAGGUCUUGGGAAUCCAGAGAGGAGAGGGGGAGUGAACAUGGUGACGGCAGGGAGUUUACGCCGAGCCAUGCAGUUUGA